AUGAAACCGAUUCUAUUCAGUCUCGCUGCGUUGUGCGCUCAAGUCGGACUGGCUGUACCCCACGGAGGAAACCAGCACCAGGUUCACCGACACGCUCAGCGUGAUGUGACCCAAACCUCGACCAUUACGGACGUUGUUACUAUCACCGCUCCCAAUGCUGUCGUUUGGGUUGAUCAGUACGGCAAUGUCAUCUCCACCGAGUACCGCUCUUCGACGACUGCAACCACUUCCAGCACCAGUGUCGCAAGUCCGACAACAACCACAUCAUCUACUCCCACCAGCACCUCAGCACAAGCUGCAUCUUCUACCUACACCUCAAGCGCUGCUGCUACAACCUCAACUGGCUCCACUUCAAGCUCUGCCCUGUCUACCACGGUUUCAACAACUUCGCGUGUAGCUGACUCAACCACUGCUGCCUCCACCACGGCCAGCUCAAGUGACAAUGACAGAACCACCUCAAGCAACGACACUUCGACUGCCGGUAGUGGGUUCGGUAUCUGCUAUGACUAUAUCACCACGGCAGGAUGCAAGACUCUGGCCGAGAUGAACACCGAUUUCGCCUACCUAGCCAGUCAGGGUUUCAGCACAGUCCGUACGUACGACAUUGGCUGCCCUCUGGGUGACGUUGCCUCAGCUGCUUCUACUGCAGGCUUACAACUGAUUGCUGGUCUCAAUACUAUUGACAAUGUUGCAACGGACAUCGCCACGCUUAUCGGCAUGUUCGAUGGCAACUGGGAUUCAGUCAAUACUAUCGUAAUCGGUAACGAGGUCGUCAAUGAUGGUGGCAGUGCAGCAGCUGUCGUUGCAGCACUUGCAACUGCUCGUCCUCUGCUUACUGCUGCCGGCUUCACGAAGAACGUUGUCACGGUUGACGUCUGGAGUGCCAUAAUCGACAAUCCAGAACUCUGCGAGAAUUCUGACUAUUGCGCCGCCAAUUGUCACGCAUUCUUUGAUGCAGACACUGUUGCCGCCGACGCCGGUACUUAUGUCAGUGGUUGCGUCAGCAAGAUUUCUGCAUUGGGACUCGGAAAGUCGAUCGUGAUCACUGAAUCUGGCUGGCCGUACCAAGGAGAUGCCAAUGGAGAUGCCGUACCUUCAGUUGCCAAUCAAGAAACCGCAAUCAGCGCCUUGAGAUCAGCAUUUAGUAGCAAUCCCGGCGGCCUGUUCCUAUUCGAAGCGUACGAUGCAACUUACAAACAGCCCGGAUCCCUGGGCGUUGAACAAUACUUUGGUAUUUAUGGCCAUUGA